CCAGUUUCUCUCUUCAAAAAAUCGAGCGGGGUUGUGCAACCGGAUGACGUAGACUUUGAAAAUUCAGCUUUUUCGCUGAUGCCGUAUUUCGGAAAAUGGCCAUCAUUAUAAAAUGGCCUUGCUGAUAAUAAAUAAACUCAUAAUCACGCAUGCAAUAGAAAGAGGGAAAAACUAGUCAUUCCUCGCCCUGUUGACAAAACGGCAACGGUUAUGGAUUUUCAGAAAAAAAAUGAAUUUAAAAAUAACAAAUUUCACAUGGUGCGACUUCACCCAGGGCCUAAAACUUGCCAUAUAUGGAAGGGUUGACUAGGGCAAUGUCGGAAGCCGUGUGCGGUUUGCUCCAGCGAGCGGUGGGAUGGCCCGUGAUUUAUUCCAAAAGGAGGGUAAAGGAGCCUUUCAUGUGCGGGACCAAUGACAAAUUCCGAAAUACGACGAAUCCGCUUCCGAGGAAGAUCAUAAUAUAUAAAUGCCAAUAUUUUUUCUCUCGUUGGAUGAAAAAAGAACACCAAUUCUUCUCUCUUCUCCUCAAAAACAUCAACAUCACCAUGGUUGCCACUCCUAGACCUGGAUCUCCUUAUGCCGGUAGACCUUCCAGCUCCGGUUCCACUCACACCAAGGUGGAAGAAGAAUUGCACGAAAUGGCCGGUAUCGACUACGACAAGGUCACCAUCAAGCGCAAUCCUUCCGUUGCUGUUCUUUACGAAGAAGCCUUGACCUAUGAACAGGGUACUGUUAUUUCUUCUGCUGGCGCUCUUUGUGCCUACUCUGGCAAGAAGACUGGCCGUUCUCCCAAGGACAAGCGUAUUGUUGAAGAAGAGACCUCUUCAAAGGAUAUCUGGUGGGGCCCUGUCAACACCCCUAUCAGCGAAAAGGUUUUCUUGAUCAACCGUGAACGUGCUAUUGAUUACCUCAACACUCGUCCUCGCCUUUACGUCUUUGAUGGUUUCGCCGGUUGGGAUCCCAAGUACCGUAUCAAGGUGCGUGUGGUCGCUUCCCGCGCUUACCACUUGUUGUUCAUGCGCAACAUGUUGAUCCGUCCUACCGAGGAAGAACUCGAGAACUUUGGUACUCCCGACUUCACCAUCUUCAACGCUGGUGAAUUCCCUGCUAACCGUUACACCACCGGUAUGACCUCCACCACCUCCGUCUCUGUCAACUUUAAGCGUGCCGAGAUGGUCAUUUUGGGUACCGAAUACGCUGGUGAAAUGAAGAAGGGUAUCUUUACUGUGAUGCAUUACCUUAUGCCCAAGGCUGGUGUGUUGUCUCUUCACUCUUCUGCCAACGAAGGUCCCGAUGGUGAUGUUUCUCUCUUCUUUGGUCUUUCUGGUACCGGCAAGACCACUCUCAGUGCCGAUCCCAAGCGUAAGCUUAUUGGUGAUGACGAACAUUGCUGGUCCGACCAGGGUAUCUUCAACAUUGAAGGUGGUUGUUACGCCAAGUGCAUUGAUUUGUCGGCCGAGAAGGAACCCGAUAUUUUCAACGCCAUCAAGUUCGGUUCCAUUUUGGAAAACGUUGUGUUGGAUGAAGAGACCCGUGUCGUCGAUUACUCUGAUGACUUCCUUACCGAAAACACUCGUUGCGCUUAUCCCAUCUAUCACAUUCCCAAUGCCAAGCUUCCUUGCAUGGGUGGUCACCCCAAGAACAUCAUCUUGUUGACUUGCGAUGCUUUCGGUGUCCUUCCCCCCGUGUCCAAGCUUACUCCCGAACAGGCCAUGUACCACUUCAUCUCUGGUUACACCACCAAGGUUCCUGGUACCGAAGAUGGUAUCGUUGAGCCUACCGCCACUUUCUCUGCAUGUUUCGGUGCUCCCUUCUUGGUUCUCCAUCCUCAGCGCUAUGCUACCAUGUUGGCUCAGAAGAUGUCCGAGCACAAGGCUAACGCUUGGUUGAUCAACACUGGCUGGAUCGGUGGCAAGGCUGGCGUGGCCAAGCGUUGCCCUCUCAAGUACACUCGUGCUAUUUUGGAUGCUAUCCACAACGGUGAACUUGCAAAUGCCGAAUACCAGGACUACGAUGUGUUCAACCUCAAGGUCCCCACCAAGGUCUCCAACGUUCCCGAUGAGCUUUUGGAUCCCCGCAAGAUCUGGCAAGGUACUGCCGAGGAAUUCAAUGCCUCGCUCCACAAGGUGGCCGGUAUGUUCGUUGAGAACUUCAAGACCUAUGAAGAUCAAGCCGCUCCCGAAACCUUGGCUGCUGGUCCCAAGCUCUAAAUGCGGAGACUCCUCUUACAGACUCUUUUUCCCUCUUUAAACAUGUAACCCAAUAAUAAUCACAUUCUCAUACUUUUCCCUUUUUACACUAGCAUUAUCACGCAAUAAAAAUAAAACCAUAGUUCAUUUUGAUGGGUAUAAACAAAUUUCUAUUUUCCCAAAAAAAAAAGAAAAAAAAAAAAUGAAAUUCUUUUUCCUCACUCGCUUCCGUCAUCCCACCCUGCGUGAUCAUGCCGAAUACUGAAAUUUAUCUGUACCACACUAUUCUUGACCUCCUUUCACAAAUCUAUUUGUAUUAAUUCUGCUUGCCUUUUAUAAACCUAU